GGCUGGGAGCUGAUGCCACCUGGCCCCAGGUACUAACAUCCACGGCCCAGGUGGGCUUCUUUUAAGCCGAUCUAGUGCCCACCCCUACCCUUAUGCCCAUGGAGCCCUCGCGAGCCUACCCACUGUUCGGGGGCGCUUUCUCCGCCAUCCUCCCGCCCGCGACCAUUGAUGUAAGUGACCUCCGGCCGGUCCCGGAUAAUCAGGAAGUUUUCUGCCAUCGCGCGACCGAUCAGAGCCUCAUCGUGGAACUGCUGGAGCUGCAGGCUCACGUGCAGGGCGAGGAGGCUGCGCGGUACCACUUUGAGGAUGUUGGCGGGGUGCAGGGAGCUAGGGGUGUGCACGUGGAGGCUGUGCGGCCCCUCCCUUUGGAGAACCUGGCCUUAAGGAACUGUUGUCAAGAGGCGUGGAUCCUCUCUGGCAAGCAGCAGGUAGCGAAGGAAAACCAGCAGGUGGCAAAGGAGGUGACACUACACCAAGCCUUGUUGCGACUGGCUCAGUACCACACCGACCUCCUCCUCACCUUCAAUCAGCCCCACCCCGAGAACGGAUCUUGUCAUGGCCCUGAAAAUGUAUCAUCCCUGCCCUGGAGCCUGGGCGACUUUGAACAGCUUGUGACCAGUCUGACCCUUCAUGAUCCCAACAUCUUUGGUCCCCAGUAAAGAUGCUGAAGCAAGAAGCCGGAGCCUGUGCCAUGCUGCUACUGUGGACCCGUGGGCCUACUCCUGCGAGGGGAAACAUCAGACACUUCCACUUUGCAGAAAUAAACUUGCUUUAUAAUCAA